UCCCUCUCGCCGCCUCCCUCUCGCCGCCUCUGCAGAAACAGCUCCUGCCAGAGCGGCGCGCGGCGCGGCCCGGAGCGGCGGCGCCUUCCUGCCUCCUCGCCCUCGGGACUCGUCGGACCUUCGGGCAGAGGAAAGCGGAGCAGGGCCGGGGAGGACGCGCCGAGAGCGGGCGGAGACGGUUCAGGCCGGCGGCCGGCGGGCCUCUCCCGCCCUGGGGUCCGCGCUCCCCUCUCCCCUUCCGCCUCCUCUCGCUCUGCCUUCCCAUUUAUUUUUUCAAAUGCUGUGGCCGCCAGAGGUGCGGCGCUGAAUUCUUGGAAGGGGCCCGGAUGUGCUGAGGAUGCAUUACAAUUUCACUGAAGGAGGCAGUAGUGGAAAGGAUCAGUUUUUGGUGUUUGAUGCAAUAAUGGGAAUCAGGUAAUCAUCAGAAGGGCAGAAGAGCGACUGCAGAUCCACGGCUUCCUCGAAUUUUGCACGAAAGCCGCCGGCCUCGGAGCAGGGAUUAGUGCAGACCCGCUCGGGCGUGUUUGACAUUUCUUCCUCUUUGUGGCUUCUCCUUUUCAAACAAUUCUUGGUCCAUGGUCAAUGAAAACACGAGGAUGUACAUUCCGGAGGAAAACCACCAAGGUCCCAGCUAUGGGAGCCCGCGCCCGGCUCACGCCAACAUGAAUGCCAACGCGGCCGCGGGGCUGGCACCUGAGCACAUCCCCACACCGGGGGCCGCCCUGUCCUGGCAGGCAGCCAUUGACGCGGCCCGGCAGGCCAAGCUAAUGGGCAGCGCUGGCAACGCCACCAUCUCCACGGUCAGCUCCACGCAGCGGAAGCGGCAGCAGUACGGGAAGCCCAAGAAACAGGGCAGCACGAUGGCCACGCGCCCGCCCCGUGCCCUGCUCUGCCUGACCCUCAAGAACCCCAUCCGGAGGGCGUGCAUCAGCAUCGUGGAGUGGAAGCCAUUUGAAAUCAUUAUUUUACUGACUAUUUUUGCCAACUGUGUGGCCUUAGCGAUCUACAUUCCCUUCCCAGAGGACGACUCGAACGCCACCAACUCCAACCUGGAACGGGUGGAGUAUCUCUUUCUCAUCAUUUUUACUGUGGAAGCAUUUUUAAAAGUCGUAGCCUACGGGCUGCUCUUUCACCCCAACGCUUACCUCCGCAACGGCUGGAACUUGCUGGAUUUUAUCAUUGUGGUUGUCGGGCUUUUCAGUGCAAUCUUAGAGCAAGCCACCAAAGCCGACGGGGCCAACGCCCUGGGAGGGAAGGGGGCUGGAUUCGACGUGAAGGCGCUCAGGGCGUUCCGCGUGCUGCGGCCUCUGCGGCUGGUGUCUGGGGUCCCGAGUCUCCAGGUGGUCCUGAACUCCAUCAUCAAGGCCAUGGUGCCCCUGCUGCACAUCGCCCUGCUCGUGCUCUUCGUCAUUAUCAUCUACGCCAUCAUCGGGCUGGAGCUCUUCAUGGGGAAGAUGCACAAGACCUGCUACAACCAGGAGGGCAUCGCAGAUGUCCCAGCAGAAGACGACCCCUCCCCCUGUGCCCUGGAGACGGGCCACGGCCGGCAGUGCCAGAAUGGCACGGUGUGCAAGCCGGGCUGGGAUGGGCCCAAGCACGGCAUCACCAACUUCGACAACUUUGCCUUCGCCAUGCUGACCGUGUUCCAGUGCAUCACCAUGGAGGGCUGGACCGACGUCCUCUACUGGAUGCAGGACGCUAUGGGCUACGAGUUACCCUGGGUGUAUUUUGUCAGUCUGGUCAUCUUUGGAUCCUUUUUCGUUCUAAAUCUGGUUCUUGGUGUGUUGAGCGGAGAGUUUUCCAAAGAGAGGGAGAAGGCCAAGGCCCGGGGCGACUUCCAGAAGCUGCGGGAGAAGCAGCAGCUGGAAGAGGACCUGAAGGGCUACCUGGACUGGAUCACGCAGGCGGAGGACAUCGACCCCGAGAACGAGGACGAGGGCUUGGACGAGGAGAAACCCCGAAACAUGAGCAUGCCCACCAGUGAGACGGAGUCUGUCAACACGGAAAACGUGGCCGGAGGCGACAUCGAGGGAGAGAGCUGCGGGGCCAGGCUGGCCCACAGGAUCUCCAAGUCGAAGUUUAGCCGCUACUGGCGCCGCUGGAAUCGGUUCUGCAGGAGGAAGUGCCGCGCAGCCGUGAAGUCGAGCGUCUUCUACUGGCUUGUCAUCUUCCUGGUUUUCCUCAACACGCUCACCAUCGCCUCUGAGCACUACAACCAGCCCCACUGGCUCACGGAAGUCCAAGACACGGCCAACAAGGCGCUGCUGGCCCUGUUCACGGCGGAGAUGCUCCUCAAGAUGUACAGCCUGGGGCUGCAGGCCUACUUCGUGUCCCUGUUCAACCGCUUCGACUGCUUCAUCGUGUGCGGCGGCAUCCUGGAGACCAUCCUGGUGGAGACCAAGAUCAUGUCGCCCCUGGGCAUCUCCGUGCUGAGAUGCGUACGCCUCCUGCGGAUAUUCAAGAUCACGAGGUACUGGAACUCCCUGAGCAACCUGGUGGCGUCCCUGCUGAACUCUGUGCGCUCCAUCGCCUCCCUGCUUCUGCUGCUGUUUCUUUUCAUCAUCAUCUUCUCCCUCCUGGGCAUGCAGCUCUUUGGGGGGAAGUUCAACUUUGAUGAGAUGCAGACCCGGAGGAGCACGUUCGAUAACUUCCCCCAGUCCCUCCUCACCGUGUUUCAGAUCCUGACCGGGGAGGACUGGAAUUCGGUGAUGUAUGAUGGGAUCAUGGCUUAUGGCGGCCCCUCUUUUCCAGGGAUGUUAGUCUGUAUUUACUUCAUCAUCCUCUUCAUCUGUGGAAAUUAUAUCCUACUGAAUGUGUUCUUGGCCAUUGCCGUGGACAACCUGGCUGACGCCGAGAGCCUCACCUCUGCCCAGAAGGAGGAGGAAGAAGAGAAGGAGAGGAAGAAGUUGGCCAGGACUGCCAGCCCAGAGAAGAGACAAGAGGUGGUGGAGAAGCCGGCCGUGGAGGAGACCAAGGAGGAGAAAAUCGAGCUGAAAUCCAUCACUGCGGAUGGAGAGUCCCCCCCUGCCACCAAGAUCAACAUGGACGACCUCCAGCCCAACGAGAAUGAGGACAAGAGUUCCUACCCCAACCUGGAAACCACAGGAGACGAGGAGGAGGAGCCUGAGAUGCCCGUGGGCCCCCGUCCCCGCCCCCUCUCUGAGCUGCACCUGAAGGAGAAGGCGGUGCCCAUGCCAGAAGCCAGCGCCUUCUUCAUCUUCAGCCCGAGCAACAGGUUCCGCCUCCAGUGCCACCGCAUCGUCAACGACUCCAUCUUCACCAACCUGAUCCUCUUCUUCAUCUUGCUCAGCAGCAUCUCCCUGGCUGCCGAGGACCCCGUCCAGCACACCUCCUUCAGGAACCACAUUCUGUUUUAUUUUGACAUUGUUUUCACUACCAUUUUCACCAUUGAAAUUGCUCUGAAGAUCCUAGGCAACGCAGACUAUGUCUUCACUAGUAUCUUUACGUUAGAAAUUAUCCUCAAGAUGACCGCCUACGGGGCCUUCCUGCACAAGGGCUCCUUCUGCCGGAACUACUUCAACAUCCUGGACCUACUGGUGGUCAGCGUGUCCCUCAUCUCCUUCGGCAUCCAGUCCAGCGCCAUCAAUGUGGUGAAGAUCUUGCGGGUCCUGAGGGUGCUGAGACCCCUGAGGGCCAUCAACAGGGCCAAGGGGCUGAAGCACGUGGUGCAGUGCGUGUUCGUGGCCAUCCGCACCAUCGGGAACAUCGUGAUCGUCACCACGCUGCUGCAGUUCAUGUUCGCCUGCAUCGGGGUCCAGCUCUUCAAGGGCAAGCUCUACACCUGCUCGGACAGUUCCAAACAGACAGAGGCCGAAUGCAAGGGGAACUACGUCACAUACAAGGACGGGGAGGUGGAUCACCCCAUCAUCCAGCCCCGCAGCUGGGAGAACAGCAAGUUUGACUUUGACAAUGUCCUGGCGGCUAUGAUGGCCCUGUUCACCGUCUCCACCUUUGAGGGGUGGCCAGAGCUGCUGUACCGCUCCAUCGACUCCCACACGGAGGACAAGGGCCCCAUUUACAACUACCGCGUGGAGAUCUCCGUCUUCUUCAUCAUCUACAUCAUCAUCAUCGCCUUCUUCAUGAUGAACAUCUUCGUGGGCUUCGUCAUUGUCACCUUCCAGGAGCAGGGGGAGCAGGAGUACAAGAACUGCGAGCUGGACAAGAACCAGCGGCAGUGCGUGGAGUACGCGCUGAAGGCCCGGCCCCUGCGGAGGUACAUCCCCAAGAACCAGCACCAGUACAAGGUGUGGUACGUGGUCAACUCCACCUACUUCGAGUACCUGAUGUUCGUCCUCAUCCUGCUGAACACCAUCUGCCUGGCCAUGCAGCACUACGGGCAGAGCUGCCUGUUCAAAAUCGCCAUGAACAUUCUCAACAUGCUGUUCACCGGUCUCUUCACGGUGGAGAUGAUUCUGAAGCUCAUUGCCUUCAAGCCCAAGCACUAUUUCUGUGAUGCAUGGAACACGUUUGACGCCUUGAUUGUUGUUGGUAGCAUUGUUGACAUAGCCAUCACCGAGGUAAACCCAGCUGAACAUACCCAAUGCUCUCCCUUUAUGAACGCGGAGGAGAACUCCCGCAUCUCCAUCACCUUCUUCCGCCUCUUCCGGGUCAUGCGUCUGGUCAAGCUGCUGAGCCGUGGGGAGGGCAUCCGGACGCUGCUGUGGACGUUCAUCAAGUCCUUCCAGGCCCUGCCCUACGUCGCCCUCCUGAUCGUGAUGCUGUUCUUUAUCUACGCCGUCAUCGGGAUGCAGGUGUUCGGGAAAAUCGCCCUGAAUGACACGACAGAGAUCAACAGGAACAACAACUUCCAGACCUUCCCCCAGGCCGUGCUGCUGCUCUUCAGGUGCGCCACCGGGGAGGCGUGGCAGGACAUCAUGCUGGCCUGCAUGCCGGGCAAGAAGUGCGCGCCCGAGUCGGAGCCGGGCAGCAGCGCCGAGGGGGAGGCGCCCUGCGGCAGCAGCUUCGCCGUCUUCUACUUCAUCAGCUUCUACAUGCUCUGCGCCUUUCUGAUCAUCAACCUCUUCGUAGCUGUCAUCAUGGACAACUUUGACUACCUGACAAGGGACUGGUCCAUUCUGGGUCCCCACCACCUGGACGAAUUCAAGCGAAUCUGGGCGGAGUAUGAUCCUGAAGCCAAGGGUCGCAUCAAGCACCUGGAUGUGGUGACCCUGCUCCGGAGGAUUCAGCCCCCCCUGGGCUUUGGGAAGCUGUGCCCUCACCGCGUGGCCUGCAAACGCCUGGUCUCCAUGAACAUGCCCCUGAACAGCGACGGGACGGUCAUGUUCAACGCCACCCUGUUUGCCCUGGUCCGGACGGCCCUGAGGAUCAAAACGGAAGGGAACCUGGAACAGGCCAACGAGGAGCUGCGGGCCAUCAUCAAGAAGAUCUGGAAGCGGACCAGCAUGAAGCUGCUGGACCAGGUGGUUCCGCCUGCGGGAGAUGAUGAGGUCACGGUGGGCAAGUUUUACGCUACGUUCCUGAUCCAAGAGUAUUUCCGGAAAUUCAAGAAGCGCAAAGAGCAGGGCCUGGUGGGCAAGCCCCCCCAGAGGAACGCCCUGUCCCUGCAGGCUGGUCUGCGCACCCUGCAUGACCUCGGGCCCGAGAUCCGCCGGGCCAUCUCCGGGGACCUGACCGCCGAGGAGGAGCUGGACAAGGCCAUGAAGGAGGCUGUGUCCGCGGCCUCGGAAGAUGACAUCUUCAGGAGGGCCGGUGGCCUGUUCGGCAACCACGUGGGCUACUACCCCAGCGACAGCCGGAGCACCUUCCCCCAGACCUUCACCACCCAGCGCCCUCUGCACAUCAGCAAGGCGGGCACCAGCCAGGGGGACGCGGAGUCGCCCUCCCACGAGAAACUGGUGGAUUCCACCUUCACCCCCAGCAGCUACUCGUCCAUGGGUUCCAACGCCAACAUCAACAACGCCAACAACACCGCCCUGGGCCGCUGCCCCUGCCCUGCCGGCCAGCCCGGUGCUGUCAGCAUCAGCACCGUGGAGGGCCGUGGGCCCCCCUUGUCUCCUGCUGUCCAGGUGCAGGGGGCGUCGUGGAGGCUCAGCUCCCAGAGGUGCCCCUCCCGGGACAGCCUGAUAGCCAUGGUGUGUCAGGACGAGGCCCCUCGGGAUGAGACCUGUGGCCUGAGGAUGGAUGAGGACGCCGAGUACGGCAGCGAGCCCAGCCUGAUCUGCACGGAGAUGCUCUCCUACCAGGACGAUGAGAAUCGGCAGCUGGCGCCCCCCGAGGAGGACAGGAGAGACAUCCAUCUCUCUCCGAAGAGGGGCUUCCUGCGCUCUGCCUCCCUAGGUCGAAGGGCCUCCUUCCACCUUGAGUGUCUGAAGCGACAGAAGAAUCCAGGGGGAGACAUCUCUCAGAAGACAGUUCUGCCUCUGCAUCUCGUUCACCAUCAGGCGCUGGCGGUGGCGGGCCUGAGCCCCCUCCUGCAGAGAAGCCAUCCCCCUGGCGCCCUCCCCCCGCCGCAUGCAACACCCCCUGCCACGCCUGGCCCGGCCUGGCCCCUGCGGCCUGUGCCCACCCUGCGGCUGGAGGGGGCCGAGUCCAGCGACAAGCUCACCAGCAGCUUCCCAUCCGUCCACUGCGGCCCCUGGGCCGGGGAGCCCACACCCUGCGGGGCCAGCGGCGGCAUCCGGAGGGCCCGGCCCGUGUCCCUCACUGUGCCCAGCCCGGCAGGGCCCCAGGGCCGGCCCUUCCACGGCAGCGCCAGCAGCCUGGUGGAGGCGGUCUUGAUCUCAGAAGGACUGGGGCAGUUUGCUCAGGAUCCCAGGUUCCUCAAGGCCACCACCCAGGAGCUGGCCGACGCCUGCGACAUGACCAUCGAGGAGAUGGAGAGCGCGGCCGACAACAUCCUCAGCGGGGGCGCCCGGCAGAGCCCCAACGGUACCCUGCUCCCGUGUGCACACUGCAGGGACCCGGGGCCAGACCGAGAGGGGGGCGCGGAGGACGUGGCCUGGGCGCCCAGCCCCGAGCCCCGCCAGGGCGGAGAGGAGCCCCGGGACAGCAGGGCCUUCGCCAGCAGCCUGUAGCAGCCGGGCCGGAGAUGCCGGGUUUUUAUUUGUCUCCAUGUUCCUAAUGGGUCCGUUUCAGAAGUGCCUCACUGUUCUCGUGACCUGGAGUUAACCGGAACAGCGUCUUCAUUCAUUUCGUAGGGACAAGACCGAGUCGGCGGCCAGGAGAGAAGCAGCCGCGGUCCGUGUCCGGCGGGGAGCGGUGGGGGGAGGGCGCGGGCACCAGGGAGGGCCCCCCACCCCCCGCGGCCGCCUCGGCUCCCUCAGCCCUCACCCAAAGGACCCUACGCCAAACGGGUGUCUUUCAACUCUGCUUGUCAAGAACUCGUUUGCACAUAUUCUGUACGCGCCUCACUGUCCCCAUAGAGCCAGGGCCCUGUGCCUUCACGGCAGGAAGGAGGCCCCGGCCAGGCCCUGGGGAGGGGAGGGCGCUGCAGCUCCAGGCUGGCCACGCCCCCUGCGCCACCCGCGUCUGGACCCCCUUCCCACCCGGCCACGGUCACAGCCACGCCGCACCGUCGGCGCCGGGGGAGCGCGCACGCCCGCCGGGACAGGACCGGUGGUGCUGAGCGUCUGUCCAGCGCUCUUUUGUUUGGGGAUUUGACAUUUUUCUUCACAGCAUGUUGCAGUUUUCAUUUGGGGGGUUUUGUUUUUUUAUACUUUUGUUUUCCCAGGGGGAGGGAGGGAGAAGAGUGUUUACAAAGUUUUGCAGCCACCCACCUUACCGUUUUCACUUUUGCAAAUGUAAAUCGGGUUCAGUUUUGUUGUAUUAUUUAACGGUCGUGGUUUCCUUUUCUACGGAGGACUCAACAGAGCCGCCGUGGGAGAGUUUUACCGGCCGUGGUGUACGCCCGAUAGUUCGUUAUCAUUUCCUUAGGUAGUGACAAGAUUUCUUCGGUUUGGUUUCAUAACUUAAAGGUGAUCAGCAAUGCACUUGGUAGGAUCUUGCACAAAUGUGUGUAGUAGCACGUGCCCGAGAGAGGAAGCAGCACGGGUCUCUGCGAGUGUGUGUGCCGUGUGUACGGUGGGGUGUGUGUGCGGGCGCGGGCUGAGUGCAGCCACGCCACGCCCGGGCCGCCAGUCCGCCCGCAGUUCCCCUUGGGGCGUAAGGGUGGGGAGCUGUCAAUCUGGGGCCGUUUGAAAGCAAAAGCAAACCACUGUCUCUGCUUCUGAAACGGGAAUCAGUAACUGCAUUUUCUGUCCCACAAGAUAUGCAAAAACAAUGCAAUAAUAUUCAUUUUAAAAACACAGUUGUGAGUUGUGUUGGCAUUAAAACCGUGUUUGAAAAACCACACAGAAAUUUACGGGGGAAACACAGAAGGCGUUUUGCUUCGAUUUGUUCCGUCGAACGUUUCACUGCAUUGAGGGUGUUCCUGCUGAAGAGACCGUUAUACUUGAAUUCAGGUCAGUCUCAGUAUUUUACAAAUAUUUUUUUAAAACUGAAUUGCAGUUGUGCCAGGCGAAUAUAAUGAAUUAAGUUUGUUUUUGGAUUCACUUCUUGUAUAUUUGCUGCAUGUAAGUAAAUCAUUUUGUAUUUGGAGUGUGACAAGCUUCACCUUUGAGCUCUUAAGUGCUUUUCUACGUGUGGCUGGGGAAAAGGGGGACAGCUUUUCUUGUCAUUUGUGUGACAAGUGCCGGCACUACCCGUGUGGGUCCCGAUGCAAGCUUGGGCAUCACUGUUUUGCAUAUCUUGUGUUCUCUUCCAUUUCCCUCAGUUUUCCCCAGACGGGGUAAUAGGUGCAUCUGUGUCUUGCUUUGAGAGAUCAGGACCCGUCUUUUUCCCGCGUCCCUCUGUCUGCUCUGCCCUGGUUUUCAGAGUUGGAAUUUCUCCGGGGAGAGCCCUGCACUGUGAGGGGCCGCGAGGCACCCUAAGCCGCCUCUUUCGUCACCGGGUCCCCCCUGGGAAAGGUGGCUGACCUUACCCUUCACCACCCCCCGCCCUGGCACGAGCGUUCCUUAGGGAAGUGCCCACUGACCGGGAGGGGGGAGGGGAGGGGGUCUUCAGCCGACAGCAGGGGCCAGGCAGCAGGUGCAUCCCGUCCGUCCAAAGCCAAGUCCGUCCUGCUCGCUUCUCCAUCUUUCACUCAUUCUGGAACAGGAUGUCCUCCAACCCACCCCGCGCGGUACGGCAGCCACGGAGGGACAAGGACCGGGGGCGGGCGGUGCGUGGGGAACUCGUGGUGAGGGCAGGGCCGGAGGCAUUGUGGGGGCGUCUCUCUGCCCCUGCACCCACCUGGACAUCACCCGGGUGCUACAUCCUUCAAACAGGUUCCAACAGUGACUGAUUUGGGGGAAGCAGGACCCAGCUGUUCAUCCAGACCUUCCCCGUUGAGUCUCUUCCAGCCCCGGGCUCGCUCAGCCCUUCUCGGCGCUGACUUACAUGAGCAACUUAGAAGUCAAAGCCGGGCAGCGCCCGCUGCUCCGUGAAGAUGAGCUUUCCUGUGGUGGACGGAUGCGCACACCCCGAGGUGAACACGUACAAGGGCUGCUCCCUAUUCCUCCAAGCCCAGCCCUUCCAGUCUCUGGGCUCCUUCUCGGUGCCAUUGAGGUCUUGUAGGAGUUACAUUCAGGUCCCUUGUCCCGUUGCCCUGAAUGUCUGCCGCGGCUGCUAGGGUCUCAGUUCUGAUGGAGAGCGGAGCCCUUUGGGGUUGAUCCCCAGCUCUUGCUGUGCGUUUGGCCCCUGGAUAGAGCCGUGGGCUCUUAGCUGACCUCACACACGCCGGCACACACUCGGCCUUCUUGUGCUGUCUUCUGUUUUCCUUCUGGGCUUUUCGUCUGUGUCACCGAAUCUCAGCGACCGGCUUGUGCUGGGCUUAUGACAGCUACUCCCAGGGCUCCGCCAAGCACAUCCCCCCCAUCACCGCGCGCACCGCAGGCGUGCUUCUCCUUUGCCGUCAGCUCUGUCUCUGUCGGGAAGACCCAUCCAGGGGCGGGGGGUCUUCCCGGGCCAGAGCACAGGACCAGCGAGGGUGGGACGGACACGCGGCACCCAUCCUCCCAAGCCUCAUCUGUGGCGUGGUCUCCGCCUCUGCACCCAGAACAGAAUCUUCCCACGACCCUGGAAAGCGGAGCUGUUGUGUCUUCUGAAGCCCUUGAGCGGCAGGAGAAAAGCCAUGAUGGCCAAGGACCUGAAGGACUUGAGGAGUUUAGGCUCAGGGUUUGGUGGAGCUGGUCUGUGUUUGUCCCCUGAGGGGCCAGCCUCUUGUUUCCAUCUUAAUCUUACAGUUACUCACGUGCUUGACUUGAUCCCCAGUUGUUUCCUUUCCACCCCCCUCCUAGAAGGUUCUAUUGGGUCUUGGGCUAAGAUGCAGACAUUUCCCCAGAUUUUGGCUUGAUCCGUGAAUUUUUCUCUGCUUUGCUUCAGAAGCUCUUCGUCCAGUCUCUUCCCUCAUCUUCUCAGUCUGACUGGGACCCAAGGCUCUGCCUUACCCGUCUUUAUCCUCCUCCACGCCGCGGCUUCCGAGCUGCGGGGCCUCGUCCCGAGCUGCCUGUCACUUCCUGCCGGCCGUCCUCCCGCCACACCGUCUCCCCGUCAGUUAGCUGAGGCACCCUCCAAGGCCAAUGUAAUGUCUUUCUGAGGAAGAAGAGCCCCUGAAAGGGAGGAGCUUGGAGGUCAUCGAGGGGGUGAGGGCUGCUUUCCAGGGGCCAGUUGAGAGUAUGUGUCCCCCACCCCAUAGGCCAAGCAACAGAGCGGAACUUAGAGCAGCACAGGGAGGAGGCCGCGUGGUUGAGGCCUGCAGCCUCGUCAGACCAUCGUCACAGGCAUUGCUAGGCACGGGGGUGGCAGCUCCGCCCCCAGCGAGACCUGGAAGGACGGGCGUGUCGCUGUCCAAGAGGCCAAGGGCCGGGCGACCUGGUGUCGACCCUCUAAGCCGCUGGUCAGUCGAACCAGAGCCCAGGCCAGGUCUGUUUUCUUCAAGACCAGGCUCUGGUCUGUGGAAAGUGCCAGCACUGAACCGAAGGGAAACUGGGGCAAAAGGGGGCAUGUUUUGACCCCCUGUGUCUGCUCUCGUUUUGUGGAAGGAAGUGUCCGGUGUGACUGCCCGCUGUGGCCGGGACAGCGGAGAGGCAGAGGCCUCGAGAUCGACCGUAGAAGAAGAGAAAAAUGAAAGUGCUCUGGUGCUGUUUUCCCAGCCAAGCCGUUGUCUCUGGCCGGUAGGGGUGUCUGCCACCCUGUCCCCCUCUCUGCGGACACUCCUCCCGCGUGUGGGCCACGGGCUCCAGUGGGACGACAGGCGGGCUGGGGGGAUACCCCGAGGUCACCACGGGAAGCCAGCGCCCAGCUCUCCUGGCAGCUGCGCCCGCAUCGGGGUGGGCCUCCCUCCCUUUCCCCAGCCCUCCGUUUUCCCUCUUCCCCCGGUUCAGUGAGAGCGGGCCUGUGAGCAGAUUCUAACAUAGUUUCUUUGUGAAGCCAUUUCUGGUCUUAACUUUAUUUAUUUAUUUAUUUUUGUUUCCAACGAGACCCUGCUUUGUGAGGCCAGGCAGCAAACCAUCAGGUAAAUGCGUUUCUGCCAGGGUUCCGCAUCGCUGGGGAGAGACCCGCACCCCACACGCGCGCACGCCGACACGUGCUCAUGCACACGCGCAUGCGCACGCGCCCUGACGGGGCAGGCGCUGGCCCCCGGGCUGGGACCAAGACGCCUGGCUCUGUCCUCCUCUCAGAAGGCUGCGUGCUGACUGGAGAGAGAAGCAGCGGUGCUCCCCCGGGUGGAAAUGUGCCGUCCGGACUGAAUUCUAUGAACUAAAUAUCAUUUCUCUUCAUGGAGAAAAUACCACCACUCUUAAAGUCAAGAUUUUUUCUUGCCAUGAUUUUAGGAGGCUUGGUCCACAGCAGGCGGGUGGCGAAGGCCCUGAGGCUCCCUGGGGUCUUAGAACAGCCUCCCUGUGGGCUCUCUGAAGGGGAACUGGCGAUGCAGUGGAAUAUGUGGAAUGUACCGUUAGGCUGAGCUGGGCAAAUCGCUGAGCCCUGAGAGCAGUCGGAGGUGGGACCUUCCGUGGACAUCCCCUCUCUCCCCUAGAUCAGGGACGCCCAGAUGGGGACUAGAGGGCGGAACAAGGGUUUGGCUGUCACGUCAGCCGAGCCCACAGCCUCCUGCGGGUUGGGGCUGCCGUGCUGCAGGUGCCUCCCCUUUUGUGGGGCCUCCAGGCACCAGGUUUCAGAAUAAGUAGUGUGACUUGGAUGCGGCUCCUGGAAAGGUAGUGUGACACUCAGUCCACGUGAAUCAGACAUUUACAACAAUUCACCACCUGGGAGGACUCGUGUGUGAGAAAACGUUUCACCGAGCUCACAUCUGAGCCGCUCUGGGGUCAGAGGCUGCCUGUUUCAGGGGAGGGCCAUGUCCGUAGGAGACACGGGGGGGGGCACCGUGCCUCCUAGUCACGGUGCGGCCCGGAGGCUCCCGCUCUGCCACCCUUGGUGCCCCUGGGUUUGUGGGCCGGCGCGAGGGAGAAGGGGACCCGGCCUCGGUCGCCACCCGCUGCCCUGGCUCCUGAGGGCGUGGCCUGCGGGGCCCCAAAGCCCAGAGCGGGGGGCAGGGGAGGCCCUGUCCCUAGACGGGUCACUGGGUUCCAAACCCCCCUCCCCCAGGAUGUCCCACCGUGGAGACACCAUGCUGAGGCUUGAAAGGGAAAAACAGAGCUUGGGACUCAAGAGUAGACGGUUUUUAAAGAAACAACCCAGCACCAAGGUCUCCUUCAGAAGGCGGCCCUGGGGACCCCGACGCCGAGGCCCCGUACUGCCUGCAGGUCAAGGGCAUCCCACCCACCCUCGGAGUCGGGCCUCGACCUCCCUGCCUGCCCCCCUCCACUGUUCUCCCAGAGCCUUGAGGGAAUAAGGUCUGGCUCUGGAGGCUGGGAUGUCCAAGGCACAAGCAGGUCUGGACUAGUCUGUGAUGUAGCAGCAAGAACCACCGUGGAAAACACACGUCCACUAAGAAUCAGGGUGACGGGCCCCCCGUUGGUUGGUGAAGCUCCGGAGUGUCUAUCGCUGUCACAAUUUCCCUGUUUUAUUUUGACGCCCCUGAGCUACCAAGACAAGGUCCUCCGUGCGGGAGGUACGGACGCAGCCCCUCCACCCGCCUCGCCUCUCGUCCCGGCUCGGACCCCCUUCAUCCUCCGACCCACCGAACCAUGCUCGUUCUCAGAGGUCGGGGCCCCCACCGCCAUCGCCCCUGCACCCAUCCCUUCCCCACCCCCUGCGUCCCGUACACCUCCCUCCGGGCCCUGCGGCUUCACAGCCUCAUGUUGUAAAUACUGUUGUACAGUUUGUAAUCAUCAAAUCACCCCAAGUCAGCGGCCUCGCCUGGGUCCCUUCUCACCUUGAGAAAGACCAGGGAAUCGAGAAGAGCUUCAGGGCCAUCUCUGUGUGAGACGCUAUGUAUAUUCCUGUAAGAUUGCAUUUUUAUCUAAGGAAUGAUGUUAUUUAAAAAACAAACCAAAAAAAAACAAAAAACAAGAAUUGCAAAUAAAUUUCUUAACAAUGUC